AUUCUCCUCGGAGCUUGCCCCACCAAUGAGGAAGGAAGAGCUCAUUGCGAAAUGGAGGUCUAUGUCAUCUGUAAAUGCACAUCGCACUCUUAAUGUCGUGAUUAUUUAGACAACGGUCGUUCUCUUCUCCAACCUGAUAGACUUAAAAAUUACGACUAACCGCUGGAUUAACUAUGUCUCGCCAUGAAGGUGUAAGCUGUGAUUCUUGCCUUAAAGGAAAUUUCCGGGGACGGCGUUACAAAUGCCUAAUUUGCUACGACUACGACCUGUGUGCUACUUGCUACGAGUCCGGGGCAACCACUACCAGGCACACGACAGACCACCCGAUGCAGUGCAUCCUAACACGCUCCGACUAUGAACUGUACUAUGGUGGCGAAGGUCUGAAUGUAGAGCAACCUCAGGCAUUUACCUGCCCUUUCUGCGGCAAGCAGGGCCUCACUGAAGCUACCCUGCAGGAGCACGUCACGGCGGAACAUGCAGACAUCACUUUUGAAGUCGUUUGUCCCGUUUGUGCAUCCCUUCCGGGAGGUGACCCAAACCACGUUACUGAUGACUUCGUUGCUCACUUGACCUUGGAGCACAGAAGUGGGCCUCGAGAUCUCAUUUCGUUCCUCGAUGAGCCCUCUGUGACACGUCAUGGUGGCGUUAGGAGAAUCCCACACUCGUCCCGAGGUGGCUCGGGAGUACCUCGAGCUAGACGGUCCAAUAUGCACUUUAGCUCUUCGGGAGGAUUAUCAGCUUUAUCGCCCUCUAGCAGGGACGUAGAUCCAAUCGCAGAAUUAUUAUCGCAACUGUCAGGAGUACGAAGGUCUGCGGCUGCAGCUUCUUCGAUGGCGAAUUCAAACGGCUCUUCAAGCUCUGUGGGUUCGACACCCUCGCAGUUGCAGCAGCUUCAGAUUCAAUUGCAGCUUGAGCGGCAGCAGGUGAGGGCUGCCAGACAACAAUUGGAGCGACUGCCUAGGAGGUCGCAGGCUGCCUCAAACGGUGCUACAGUAGGGUUAGCUGUGAAUCCGCUCACAGUCCUUGGGGGUGCAAUGGCUGGAUUGACUGCCGCAAAUCAAGCUGCCACCUUGGGAGGGGAUCAAACUUGUGUGGCUAGUCAGACGUCGACAUCGCAAAGCAAUUCGCAGUACAUACUUGGCAGGUCGUCCGAGUGCCAAAUAUCAGAGGAGGAACUUCAUUCCAUGGAGGAAACCCGCGCCGAGCAUAGUCUGUUUGCCCAAGAACUGUUACUCUCUUCACUGGCCGAUAUGAGUCUCCAAGACUGCGCGGCGGGCGCCGCCUCGUUGCCGCUGCUGACCCAGCAGCAGCAGCGACCGGCCAGCCUGCAGCACUCGCAGCAGCACUCGCUGCACCAGCAGCAGCCGCCGCAAACGCAGCCGAGUGCGAGCAGAAGCAGCCGGAGCAGCGCCGAGCAGUCGCGGGGCCAGCAGCAGGUGCCGCCGGCGCCGCACGCGCACCACCACAAGCAGCAGCAGCCGCAGCAGCAGUGCGCCAAGCCGGCGACGACUGUGCGGAGCUCGAAGCAAACGCCUCCCCCCAUGUGUAUAUUGCCAACCCAGCCUCCUGUGAUGAUGAUGACGACGGGCACGGGCACCAUCCGAGAGGUGCCGCCGCCACCGCAGUCGGCGGCGCGCAACCCGGCUAGCAGCGGCGCCGCGCUCAGCUCGCAAGCGAGCAGCGUGCGCAGGAAACCCAUCCGGCAAAGCGACCCGAGGAACCAACCGACCGAUCCGCCGCCUCGCUAACACGAGCUUUAACACCCGCCCACACAAAUUUCGGAUCGUAGUUUGAUUGUUUGGUUGAUUGAUUGGUAUAGGUGCAAACGAACAAGCCGUGUUUGUUGCAAGGAAAGAUGCUAUGUUGGUUCAUUAUGAUUAUUAUUAUUACUCUCCUUCAUUAAUUGCUACCACUACCGCUGCUGCCGGAGCUGUCCCGGAACGAAUCAUGUACACAACACACUCACUCGCUCUCCCCCUUGUAGUGACCAGUCUGUGCGUCUAGCCAGACUGCGCGGUUUGAUGGAAACGACCUGAUACGAAUGUGCAUGCAAUCUGAAUGUGCUGUUGUAGAGUUCAUGGUGGGAGUCGUGUUUUUAGUCCUACGCAGCCCAAUCCACUGUUCUCUUUUUCUUAAAAGUUGUGAUACUGUAUGCUGUUUAGUUAGUUAGUUUUUCCCGAAUCUAUUUUGCUCACUCCCCGUCAAACCGUGAACGCGCUGACAAGGCGAGACGUCCAUGCAUUGGUUUCGACACCACGAAAAAGCUGCACGAAUAUUUUCCAUCACCAGUGUCUUUUGAUUGAAAAACAGCGAAAAUCAUGAUUAAAUUUAAUACACGUCUAAAAAGAAAUCAUCAAAAGAAUAAAUUGUAACAACUCUCAUAAGAAAGGUUUAAAAUUUUAAUGAUCACGCAACACACACUAAUAGAUAUUAUUAUAAUGGUAAAAUGUACCCCAGUUAAUAACCAAAAAAGAAAGUGUUAUAUUAUUGAUUUAGCCACACUAGUUGUAAGCUUCAAUGUUUAAGAAGAUUCAUGAAGAGCCCACAGUUUGAGUUUCACACUCGGGACUAAAAUCAUCUGCUUUGAGUAUUGUUUGAUGCCUACUUAGAUUCAACCAACUUCCCAUCCUCACAGACGACUGCUGACGGAUUCUUGAGCUAAUGAAUUUUGUGUUUUUUGCUUUUUGUCAUCAUUUGCUGUAAUCUAUUUGCCUGUUAGACACUGGUGUUCCUAUUGAGAUAAUUGAUUUGAACUGUUUGAUCGCGAGUUGUUGCAAAUGAGAGCAAUUGUAUGAAUUAAAUCUUCAAACUUCAGUGCAUGAUGUGUGUUUGUAUAAAACUCAUUAUAUACCGCGGGGACUGUUAGCAAAAGAAGAGAAAACAAACACGCGAGAGAAAGUGUUUUCCAUGGAAAUAAUCUUUCAGAUAAAAAUUAACGAUAAAUUAAUGCUAAAAACCUUCAACUCCACCUUGAUAUUUUUAAUCAGCUCCUCCCAUUUCGAUCACCGUGAUGCUGAAGAGAAAAUUUUGAAUUCUGGGUUUAGAUUUCGGGGACUUAAUUGUGGUUUCACCUGCUGAAAAGAUGUACAUAUAUAGAUAUCUAUUAUUUCAAGAUAAAAAAUUUGGUCUAAUUUUAAGAUGCAAAUAAACUGCCUGAAAGUCA